AAUGCUCCACAAUACUCGUUUUCAUGUUUCCCGCCAAAAAAAUUCUUCGCAGAACGUCUUUCCUCCUUUCCCAGUCUCUCCCUUCCUCGUUGCAGCACCAGAUUACGGCGACGAAAAGGGCGGGUGCUCUCAUUUCUUAGAAGGUGUGCUUCCAGAUCACAUAAAUUUUCAGCUGUUGUUUUGGUAAACUCUACAUACGAGCAGAAACAAUCUGAAAAUGGCUGCAAUAAAUGAAUUAAAAAGGCAGAAAACUAGUGAAGAGCAAGACGUGGUUGAGGGUGAAAAAAGCUUAUGCAAAUUACCUGAUGUGGUUCUCCAACACAUCCUCUGUUUCGUUACGAUGAAAGAGGCUGUAAGAACAAGUAUUCUAUCAAAAAGAUGGGAAUACCUCUGGACAUCCAUUCCUACACUAAUAUUCACUGAAAAUGGAUCCAAUCUGAGAUUUGAUGAAUAUGUCGCCAAUAGAACCAUGUUCAUCGAUUUUGUGGAUAGAGCCAUUUCUCUUCGUGACUCUAACAUAGAUAAAUUCCAUCUCUCUUGUGAUGGGCUAGGUGAUGCAGUUCGCAUUAGAAGAUGGUUCUCUGCUGUUGCAAGGCAUAAUGUCCGAGUUGCCUCUUUUUCUCUCUGGAAUUGCAACAAACCUUUUGAGUUGCGUCAUUGUUUUUUCACUUGUGCGUCACUUACAGAAUUACGUAUACAUGUCUCUGGUGAUGCUCUGAAAAUGCCUACUUCAAUUUGGUUCUCGAGUCUAAAGAUUUUAAAACUUUGCGGUGUCAUAUUUCCAGAUGAUCAUUCAACUCAAAAGUUGUUCUCUGGCUGUCCUUUACUUGAGGAGCUCACUAUAAGCAAAUGCGAUUGGGCCAAUGUCAAGGCUGUCUGUAUUUGUUGUCCUAACCUCCAUGGGUUGUACAUACAUGAUAUGUGCAUGGAUAAUCAGCCCUGGGAUGAAUCAGAUGAUUGCCAAAUCAUGAUAUCUGGAAGUUCUCUCAAGGAAUUCUGUUAUUUUGGGGACUUCAUAGAUCACUAUUUCUUUUAUGACUGUUCCCCAUUAGAAAAUGCCACGAUUGGAAUAUAUAAUUGGGAUCAAAGAGCAAGAACAGUUGCCAAACGUUUAUAUAAGCUUUUAAGUGGGCUGUCUGACGUGAAAAAGCUAAAGCUUGCAAGGGCUGCUAUUGAGGUACUAAAUUAUGCAGUAGAUCUUGUGGCCUCUCUGCCCUUGUUCAGUAAUCUGUUCGUUCUGGAAUUGAAUUCUGAGCUGAUUAAUCUUGAUUCUAAAGCACUAGUAGAGAUACUACAACACUGCCCGCGGCUUGAAACUCUUAAAUUUGCUAAGGGGAUCAACCUUGCUUCAGAGUAUGAUGAAAAUAGUGGGAUAUUGGAUCCAGUGCCUGCAUGUUUUUUGUCACACCUAAAAACCAUUAUUGUCCGCAAAUGUGACGGAAAUAAGGAUCUGUACAAGGAUGUGGUGGCAAUAUUACUCGAGAAAGUUGUGGUUUUGAAUAAGUUAGUUUUAUAUUGUCGCGAGUCUACUUGGUCCCUCAACGAGAUGGAGAAGAUUCGUAAAGAGAUACUAGAACUCCCUAGAGCAUCCAAAGUUCUUAAAAUGGAACUCAUGUAACCUUUUUUCAAGUUAUUAAUCUGAAAGUCAGUCGCAGCUUCUAAAGCCCGUGAUGAGUGGCUAGUUAUGGUCAUUGUAAAUUUGUAAGCGCAUUGAAGUUUGGAGGAACUCCUUUAGCUUCUUGUUUGGGACUUGUAUAUGUAAAAUGUAUGGACUUGCGACUUUGGUAGUAUGUUAUGGGAAGUUUCUGUUGUCGGAUCUUGAA